UACAGUUUCAGCGACGCAUCAAGCAGAGGCGCAUGCUGUUGAAAGCGGCGCUUGCUAGGAGAAGAGAGCUGGAAGAGAUGAGAGCCGCCGAGCCGGAUCCGCCAUUUUCCUUCUCCUUCGUCCGUGACACUCUUCUCAAGUAUGAGCGGGUGGAUGACUGGCUGAAGGAGGUGCACUACGGCUACCUCAAGCUGGCACGCUGGAACAAGCCAUACCACACGGGAGGGUUCCUCGCGGUGGUACUUGGCUGCACCUGGAUCGGUUUCCUGUUGCAUUUGCUGCUUUAUACAGCACUGCUCUACGUCUUCGGGCAGUCAUUCCGAGGAUGCCUCCGCCGUUCCGACGACGGAAAGGUUGGGAAGCAUACCUACGGCAGGUUUAAGCUCAAGGUCGACGACGUGCCCCGGAUGAUGAAGCUGAACAUGCGAGUUUCGAAAACGUUCCAAGAGAUCUCGACCGCCUUCGACAAGACCCAGAGCCUGCUCUCGUGGAAGGAGCCCGGAACCACAUUGUGCCUGCUGCUCGCUCUUCUGGCCCUGGUUGUGCUUGCCUUCUGGCAGGGCCAAGCUUUUGCCGUGCAGGUCACAGUCACUCUGAUCCUGCUGAAGCUCUUCGUGGCUGACUACCUGUUCCGCCUGUUCCCCGAGGCUGCCAAGUACGACGUGAUCAGCCGUGCCUGGGACCAGCUGCCCGUAAGCCCAGUCGAGAGCUCCGAGCGCUGCAAGAACCGCGGCUAGAGAACUGCGCUGCCCGUAGGAGUUUCUCGCUAUAACCUCCAGCAGCUUGGAGGCUAUAGGCCACGUAGCGGCAGUUCUGCAGAAACUCUUCCUUUGAGAAACCACCUGGAUGACUCGUCAUCAUGGCUGGAUUCGUGUCUAGUCGCGUCCCUUCUGCGAGCUUGCCCCCUUAAUUGUACAAGGGAAAUGAAGAACCCCGAAAGUAGGGGCGGUUAUUGUGAGCCGUGAAGUCGCUUUUUUUUUUCUUUGUGCUUGCCGCUGCACCUGACGCUUCUCUGUAUUCCGCCGUAGUUGCAGGGCAAUGCAGUCUUCUUGUAUCUAAAGACAAGCCUUUCAUGCGGCACUGUAUAAUAAAGCAUGCUAAC